AGGAGGGGGGCUUCUUGGAGGUCAGAUGCUUCUCCGAUACUCAAUCUCACAUCGUUAUAAGAUACGGUCCCUUUUUAUUUCCUUUUAGACUCGUCUUACAUCCUAUGGGAUGAUAGGGUACUGUCGGAUAAUGCAGGAGUGCAGUGGCUAACAUGGUACUUCGGCAGAUGGUCUUACCCAGAGUGCAUUGUUUUCUUUUAGCUUCUCAUUUGUCUGUUGUAAUUGGAUAGGGUAGUCCCACGGCCGCUGGCUGCAUCUCUCUCUCUCUCUCUCCCCCUCUCUCUCUCUCUCCCUCUCUGGUUUAUUGUUACACGGUGACAUCAGGAUUAUUUGCUACAGUUAAAGCUUCUUACUGACAAUGUGGACGUCAGCUGGGGAUAUAUAAUAUAUAUUUUCAAGCUCUUCAACCUUUUCAACCGCAUAUGAAAACAGAGCUGUGAAAUUCCGGUAAAGAGCCUCAUUGCGCAGUUGCACCUGCUGACGAGCCUCUUUCAUGCGUCUCCCUGCGCCAGACUCCCACAUCAGAAUGAACUGUGAGCAGGACUUUGGAGAAGGGGGCAUGAACGUGACGCUCACCCUCAGGCUGCUCAUGCACGGAAAGGAGGUCGGCAGCAUCAUCGGGAAGAAAGGAGAAACAGUGAAGAGAAUACGAGAAGAGAGCAGCGCACGCAUCAACAUCUCAGAAGGGUCCUGCCCUGAGAGAAUAAUUACCAUCACUGGGCCCACAGACUGCGUCUUCCGAGCUUUCACCAUGAUCACGUUAAAACUGGAAGAGGAUCUCACAACCCUGGUAGCCAAUGGGACAGUCACCAGUAAGCCACCAGUCACCCUGCGGCUGGUCAUUCCUGCCAGCCAGUGCGGAUCCCUCAUUGGCAAAGGGGGCUCCAAAAUCAAGGAGAUCCGUGAGACUACAGGGGCACAGGUUCAGGUGGCUGGUGACUUGUUGCCCAACUCUACUGAGCGAGGAGUGACGAUAUCUGGGACCCAAGACGCCAUAAUCCAGUGUGUCAAGCUUAUCUGCACAGUGAUCCUUGAGUCCCCGCCGAAGGGGGCCACUAUUCCAUAUCGCCCCAGCCCGUCCCCCGGGACCGUCCUGAUCUCCGGGAACCAGGUUUUGGAAGCCUCUGAGUUUGGGUCACACCCUCUUUUCUCAUUGGCUCAGGGAGGUGUGGAGCUGCAACAAGCAUACACUGUACAGAACCAAUAUGGCAUUCCACACUCAGAGUUGGCCAAGCUUCACCAGUUGUCCAUGCAGCAGGGCCUGACUCCCAUGGGCCAGCAAGCCCCCAUCCUGCCUGGAAUAGAGACCAACACCCAGACCACGUCCCAGGAGCUCCUCAUUCCAAACGACCUCAUUGGUUCGAUCAUCGGCAGGCAGGGCACCAAGAUUAACGAAAUCCGCCAGGUCUCGGGAGCACAGAUCAAGAUCGGCAGUCAGCUGGACAGCACCAGCGACCGGCACGUCACCAUCACCGGCUCUCCUAUCAGCAUCAACCUCGCCCAGUACCUCAUCACUUCCUGUUUAGAGACCGCCAAAUCCACUGCCCAGUCCUCCUCCAUGUCGACCCCUGUUGACCUCAACAUGAGCUUCACCCAGCCCGCCUCCCCCGCCUCGUCCUCCGCCGCAGCCCUGGCAGCGAUGGGGGGACUGCCCCACGCUCCCAUGCUGGGCACCCCCUAUGCCCUCCCCCUCUCCAGCCUCCUGGGAAUGAAAUCCGUCCCCUUCCUGGCACUCUCCACCCCCACCGCCCCAGCAGCAGCCGCGGUCGCCGCCGCUGCCGCCGCCGCCCCCACCCACGGAACCCUGGCCUCCUACACCGCCAAAAUCUCCUCCGCCAACGGGAUCAAGAAGCCCGAGAGACAGAAGUUUGCUCCCUACUGAUGCCGUCCCCCGACCCCCUCCACCACCCACCCGCGUCCACGCUCCGCGCCCACGUCCACGACCCAAAAAAAAAUAACAACCUCCCUGCUCCCUCCAUCUGUCCACCCCCACCGCCCGCCCACCCCCAAACCCGAGACAAGACCAGGGAGGGGCAUCUUUCUCUUGCUCUCUCCUCUUGCCUGACGAUGUAGCCGUUAUAGUAAAGAGACUGUACACAUCUUUCGUUUUGUUUUUUGUUGUUGUUUCUGUAGCUUUGUCAUUUUAGCCACAAAGAAAACCAGGACGUUGGCUUAUAUAGUUAUAUUUAUGUUAUUUGCCAAGAUAGCCUCUUUUAAGCCAUAGACUGUUCCUUCAGACUCUUUCUCCCUAUAUACCCACCUUUCCGUCUACUGUCCAUGAUUAUUUAUUGACAAUAUUAUCAAAAAUAAUCCCUCAAAGAGUUUAUAAAUGAAGCACUGCUGACUGAACCUCCACUCUAUGUAUCAGCUUUUAUACUAUCUGUGUAUUCUCCUGUACACCACUUCCAGAAGGCUUUUUUAAAUAUAUGAAAGAUAUAAAGAAAAAAUUCAAAUGUUUUUAAACAAACAGCAGAUUUUAAUCUGUUUUUAUGUGUUUUUGUCCGUUUUACUUUAAAUGUGUUUAAUUUAUUUUAUUUAUUAUCACUUAUUUCUUUUAUUGGUUAAUUGUUUGUUUUCUGAAAUGGCGGCAGGUAUUUCACAUAAUUUUUAGUCCUGCGCUGAAUUGUCUCAAAAAUGAAAGGCUUUUGCCUCGCAUUGACCACAUACGUGAUUCAUUCUAGCAGAGCAAAGGUUCAAAAUACAUUUUUUGUUUAAUUUUUUUAAUAGGAAAAGUGUGUUGCCACUUCUGAAAUGUGAUUGCUAUUAAAUGCGCUGAAACAACA